AUGCCCGCGCCCCCACUUGCUUCGCCUACUGCUGCUGCUCUUCGCUGCGCCGCGCCCGCCAUGAUGUCGCGCUGCUGCCCCGAUUGCUGCAGUGCUCUGCUUACGAUGCUGCUCGCUACUGCUGUUGCUGAUUGCAGCUCACCGCCGCGCCCGCCGGCGUGCAUCCCAGCCAUGCCGCCCGCGCGAGCCUCAUCGGUGCUUGCCGCGCCGUGGCCCGCCGCCCCGCUGUCCCGCGCUCCGCCUCUGACCCGCGGCUGCGCCUCGCCGCUGGCCACCUCCCCUCCGCUUUCUUGCACCUCACCCGCCCUGCGCUACUCGCUCCGUUGCGGCCCGCCGCCCGCAGCCUGGCCGCCCCUUGCUCCGGCCGACUGCGCCCCUGGCCACGGCCUCCGCUGGCACCAGCCGCGCGCCCGUGCCGCUCGUCGCGGCUCCGGCUAG